CCGUCGCACUGCACACAGCAGGCCUGCCCUGGUAGAUCGGCAGCAGAGUCGAUCAGUCCUCUCUACAGAGAUACAUUGCCGAGAGUGGAGAUGGCUCCGAACGCCGGAGAGGUGGCGCGGCCGCAGAGCCCUCUCCGCGGCAUGAUGCCGCAGAGCCCGCUCCGGAUCAAGCAGGGCGGCAAGUUCUACGAGCGGCUCCUCACCAAGGAGAGCUCCGCCGCCAACCCGUCGUUCCGGUACUACUGGGCGGAGCCGGGCUCGGUGCCCUUCAUCUGGGAGUCGCAGCCCGGCACGCCCAGGGACGCCUCCCGGAUGGUCGGCGGCACGCUCCCGGCCAUCACUCCACCGCCUUCCUACCUGCUCCGGCACGGUGGCGUCAAGGUCCAGAUCACGGCUCCUCACCGUCCCAAGCGCAAGGUGACGUGCAGGAAGCGGUACAGGCUCAAGCGGAUCAAGAUCGGCUUCAUCGCCGACAUCUUCCGGAGGCUCACCGUCGGGAAGGCGUGGUGGCGGCCGGAGCCGUCGUCGGCCCCGGUCUCGUCGUCCAGCCGGUGGCUCGUGGCGACCGCGAAGGCCGAGCAGAAGGAUCAGCAGCACCAUGAGCAGGGACACCAUGAUCAUGAUCUCGCCGCGAAGAAGGGCGGCGUGGUGUGCUCCGGGGCGGCGCGUCAGAUGAGCCCGUGCUGGAUGCUCCGAAUUCGCGGCUCGGCGAACCAGAACUUCCGCGACUGCGAUUAGGCGUACAUCGGUUCCAGCAUUUCAGGUGCGGUGGCGCCAUCAAGGCGAUUAAACACACGAUAUAAGACUGGUUUGUUACACUGCGACUUUGCUGUUAUGAAUUAUUAUGGUGAUUGCGAAA